AUGGACAGCGACGACGAUGAGGCGCGCCUCGGCGAUACCGCUUCGCUAGGUCUACAGCGCAUCCUCCAGCAAGCCGGGGUGGAUGCCUCCACCAUCAGCUCCAUCCUCGACACCUCGGGCGGGCAGGGCGGCGCGUCAGCUUCUGGUGCCCAGGCUCUGAUCGAUGAAGAUGUCUCGGAUGGCGAGGACCGCUUCAUGGAUGAUGUGUCGGACGUAGAGUCGGUCGGGGAGAAGGAGGCGAGGCAAAGGAAGACGGCGGCAGAUGAGGCGAGGUGGAUGAAGCGGGCUGUGCAGAUGCAGCAGGAGAUCAGGCCGAAGGCGGUGACACAGAAGGAAGUUAGGCAGGGGAAGGUGCAGAAGGUGUGGCCAGAGUGGGAGAAGGGGCAGAGGUUGAGGAUGACCGAGGUAUUCUAUGAUACGCCCUCGAUGGUGUCGAAGCGAGAGGCGGAGCUGGGUCAGGCGAAGAGGCGGAAGCUCGAGCAUCCCACUCGACCAGGAUUCCGCGUUACCGUCACCCCGAACACCUCUCUCCCACCAUCCGACGCUCACACUCUCCCCAAUCUCCCAGAGCUCGAGGUCCCCGACUCGGACAAGGCACCGUACGAGACUCCGCUAGGCGCUUACUUUGACAAGGUGUGGGUCAAGGCGGCUAGGGCAGUACGGCGGAAAGACAUGCUGGAUGCGCCAAAUCGGCCGGAUCUCUCGGAAGCUGCCAAUAUUCUCGGUCAACCCCCUCGGCCGCUCGACCUGAUUGACUGGGAGAGCCAGAUUGUCUUCAACACCGAAUCCGCACCCGCGGCCAAACCGCUGGAAGCCCUAAAGCCGCGAAACGAACUCCUCGAUUCAGCCGACUGGCUCAGCGAGAUCAUUUGGGACUCUCGCCGAAUCUCGCCCGACCUCGUGGCGAUUGACGAAGAUGAGGUCGUCGUCAUACCUCGCCCCGUUCUCCCACCAGUCACAACCAAGUUGGACAGAUUCAACAUCUCCAACGAUCACCUGUACGAGCACAGCCGUGAGGCCAGGUUCAAGAUCCGUCAGACAUUUGGCGCGAUCGAGGUCUUCCACUCAGCCCCUGCAAAGGCAUUGCAACUGCCCUAUUACAAAACUACUCUGACCAAAGCCGACCAGCGGUCAUGGAAGCGCCCUUCGAUACAGUUCCCCGUCGGCAUGGAGCUCAAAUUCCAAAAAUUGCGGGCGAACCCCAUCUCUUCCAAUACCUCACGGAAGAAGGCGAUGAUGACGGACCCAAGCGAGCGCUUCAAGAGUACCAGGGAUUUGACGAUGGCGGAGAAGGGUCCAUACGUCCUGCUUGAGUUCUCAGAAGAAUAUCCUCCUUUGAUGAGCGGGUAUGGUAUGGGUACUACCAUCGUCAACUACUAUCGCAAGAAGGAUGACAAGGACGAGCACGUACCCCAGCUCGACCUUGGCCAACCUUCUAUCCUCAACGUAGGCGACGCCGAGCCCUUCCUCCUCGGCUACGUCGACAAGGGCAAAGUCACCCAGAUCAUCCACAACAAUCUCAUCCGCGCCCCCAUCUACCGCCAUACCCCCGAAACAACCGACUUCCUCGUCAUCCGCCACACGGUGAACGGAGUGCCAUCCUACCAUAUCCGUGUCAUCACCAAUCUCUACACGGUGGGACAGACGUUCCCGAAUGAGUCGGAAGUGCCCGGCCCGCACGCUCGGAAGAACACCAACUAUGCCAAGAUCCGCUUGCAGAUCGUGGCGUGGCUGUUGAUCCACAAGAGCAAGCAGAAGCGGAUCAAGAUGGGCAAGCUGUUGAAGUACUUUCCGGACCAGUCGGAGUUGCAGAUGCGCCAAAGAUUGAAGAUCAAGGGUCAGGAGUUCCUGCUGUACAACCGUUCCAAUGGUCCGAAUCAGGGCUAUUGGGUCCUCAACCCUGACUAUCCUAAUCCUUGGCCAUCAGAACGCGCCGAGGUCCUUCAGACGACCACUCCCGAGUUCGCUAUGAUGUACGAGGCGAUGCAGGUGGGCGCCCGUCACUUGCACGACGCUGGAUACAGCAAAACGGCGGAAGGGAAGGACGAGGAGGAUCCGAACGAUGAGGCGGGACUGGAUAUCGAGCAGAAGCUGGCGGUGUGGAGCACGACUCUGAACUACAAGAAGGCGGAGCAGCAGAAGGCUUGGCUGGUCGUUCAUGGGGAAGGGGAUCCGACUGGGCGGGGAGAGGGAUGGAGCUUCCUGAAGGCGAACAUGAAGGGCUACUUUCUGCGGGCGGGCGAGACGGAAGUUGGGCGAAGACUCGAGGCAGAGCACAAGGCCAACGGCGCCACCGCGAAAAUCUCCAACGCUGAGCAAAACCGGAUUUAUGAGGAUGAGAAGCGUCGGAUCUGGGACAAGCAAGCGAGAGCACUAUCAGACCCGCAACCCCCUGAAAUCGACGUCACAGAGGACGACCAUAGCGGUAAUGCUACCGGCGCCACCCCUGUCGGUUUCGGGCCCCGCUACACCGGUCGAUCCGACUCUCGGCGCGCCUUUUCCCGUGACAACUCUAUGGCCGCUACACCAUUCCACGAGGACUCGCCACGAGGCUACUCGCCCGCUCCCAGUGCUGGUGAGACAUCGUUCACCGGGAACCACGCUCCGAAGGUCAUGCGCAUCAAGCGGAUGGUGAAGGGCAAGUUGCAGGUGGAGAUCGUUCGGGACCCGCAGGUCAUCGCGAGCUACAGGCGGAGAGUCGAGGAUAGGAAGAUCGAGGAGUUCAGGAAUCAGGCGGAUCAUCUGGCACCUACUGGGAACCAGGAGGAGGACGAACUGAGGAGGGCCGCCCUGAUGCAGGAGCUCGAAAAUAUCAAAAAGAACCAAGCUCGUCGUCUUGCUCGAAAGAAGUACUCGAAGCAAGCGGCACACGGUAUCAAUCCAGAAGAUUACGAUCCGGACCUCGACGUCGGGAAGCGCAAGUGCGGCGCGUGCGGGCAGAUGGGUCACACCAAGGCCAAUCGGAACUGUCCUAUGUUUGACAAGUCGCAAGGUGUUGGCCAGAGUCCAAUUGGCGGGACGCCGGGUGCUGGGAUGACGCCUGGCGGUGGAUAUGGAACACAGGUGCCGAUGGACUACUUUGGGGCGGGCGGACAGGGGUCGACGCCGACGGAUGGAGGGGCGACGCCGAGUCUGAAAAUCAGGCUGGGAAUGGGCGGGCAGAAGUAG